UACCUUAUCGAUAAUCUUUACAGUAGGAAAAGAAUAGCACGUCCAGAAAAUAUCUUCUUUUUAGAAAUUAUAGAUAUGGCUCAUACGUCGAGCACACGGAAUUGAGUUUUUCAAGAUUUGUGUAUUUGAGCAAAAUGUGGGUACAGCGUGAAUUUCAUGGUUAUCAGCUCUAACUUUGACGUAAUAAUCCACCACGAACAACUAUUAGUACUGUUUGAGACGUUGCGCACGACCAAUCAAAAACGCAGAGAAUGCAUGCGUCAAUAAAAGUCGACAGCCGUCGCUCGCCUUGUGACGUAAAGAACGUGGUCGCCAUAAUAAACCCUGUCGCACACGGGAAAUUUUUUUUUUUUGAAAGCUCACUAUUAACGGCGGAACUGCGAAGAAGCACCAGCAGUAUCACAGUGACAAAACCACAGCAGGCGUUCAUUGGUUUCCCUUUGUUUCCGGAUUCUGCGCGGAAGGAGGGAGGCUGCAGAGCAGGAGAGGACUGAAGCCUGGCGAGGCAUUUCCAUCUGGAGCCGAGCGUGUCCGACGAGCCCGCCUGGGCCAUGGCAUCGGCGUCUGCCAGCGUGGACUCCAAGGCAGAGCUGACCUCCCUGCUGGAACGAUGGGAGCGGGAGCAGCAGGGGAGUACCCAAGACCUGGUCUCCAUCCUCACGAAAAUCUCUGAACUUAUUGAACAUGAAACAGAAGAGUAUCACAAAGCAGAUCCUGACCCGUUUGAUGACCGACAUCCAGGUAGAGCUGAUCCAGAGUGCAUGUUGGGCCACCUGCUGAAAAUUUUGUUCAAGAAUGAUGACUUUAUGAAUGCGCUGGUAAACAACUAUGUGAUGACAAGCAGAGAGGUCCCCCUCAACACAGCAGCUUGUCGCCUUCUGCUGAACAUCAUGCCUGGCCUGGAGACAGCUGUGGUCUUCCAGGAGAAGGAAGGCAUUGUGGAGAGGCUGUUCAAAUGGGCCCAGGAGGGAGACCAGACUCUGCGUAUCUAUGCCACGGGGCUGCUGGCUGGAGCCAUGGAGAACCAGGACAUUGCAGCCAACUACAGGGAGGAGAACUCUGUCCUGGUACCUGUGAUGCUUCAACGCUUGCGAGAACUGCAGGAGAAGGAAGCAGAAAGUCGACAGGAUUUUAAGAGACCGAGCCCAAGGAAGGGUCUUGGAGAACCUCUGCUGCCGUUGGAUGAAGAGGCUGUGGAUGGAGAUUUUGAGGAUGCAGACUUGCCCCUGGAGAAUAAUGGGGAGGAGUGGGUGGAGGCACAACCCGAUAUGUAUGAAGGGGAUAACCAGCCCAACCUGUCCUUUCAUAUCAACUCAUCCCACAAGACCAGUAGCCGUGCCAACUCCUCGGUUAAAUCCUUGUCAAAGCCUGAUUUGGCCAUCGAGGAAAUUGAUGCGAAGAGGGAAGGUGCUGGUCGGUUGAAGAAGAGGGAAAAUGGCCAUAAGGCAAAACAGAAGCUUAGUUUCACGCUUUCGGAGGCAGAGAGGAACUCGAGUGAGCUGUCCAACAGCAGCUGGUCAGAGAUGAGCCCCUGGGUCAUUGGUAACAACUAUCACCUGUACCCUCUGACCCCAGCCAUAGAGCAGCGCUUGGUCCUGCAGUACCUCACUCCUCUGGGAGAGUAUCAAGAGCUGCUUGCUGUCUUCAUGCAGAUGGGAGCUCGGGAGCUGCUCAUGCAUUACAUUGACCUCAAGCAGACAAACGAUGUCCAGCUCACCUUCGAGGCUCUCAAGUAUCUUGCCUCGCUGCUUCUGCACAAGAAGUUUGCUGCAGAGUUUGUGGCCCAUGGAGGGGUGCAGAAACUGCUAGAGGUCCCUCGCCCCUCCAUGGCGGCCACUGGCGUGUCUCUAUGCCUGUAUUACCUGGCCUACAACCAAGAUGCAAUGGAGCGGGUUUGCAUGCUCCCACCUUCCAUCCUUUCUGAGGUGGUGAGCUAUUCCUUGUGGCUGCUGGAGUGCUCCCAUGCGUCUGGAUGCUGUCAUGCCACCAUGUUCUUUUCCAUUUCCUUUGCCUUCCGUGCUGUCCUUGAGCUCUUCGAUCGUCAGGACGGCCUGCGCAGGCUGGUCAACCUGAUCAGCACACUGGAGAUCUUGAACACGGAAGACCAGGGAGCACUGCUGAGUGACGACGAGAUCUUCUCCAGCCGGCAGACUGCCAAACACACGUGUAUGGCGCUCCGUAGAUACUUCGAGGCUCACUUGGCCAUAAAGGUGGAGCAGGUGAAACAGUCUCUGCACCGUACCGAGGGAGGGACCCCUGUCCACCCGCAGCCCUACUAUAAGGCGUGUUCGUACACACGUGAGCAGGUGGUGGAAAUGAUGGAGUUCCUGACUGAGUACGGCCCACCGAGGCUCUACUGGGAGCCAGCUGAAGUCUUCCACAAGCACUCCUGUGUCCAGCUCCUGUUGCAGCUCAUCUCCAUUGCUUGUGACUGGAGAACCUAUUAUGGCAGGAGCGACACGGUGCGGUAUGCUCUGGACAUCCUGGCGAUCCUCACGGUGGUUCCUAAGACACAGCUUCUCCUGGCUGAAUCGGUCGAUGUGCUGGAUGAAGGUGGCUCCUCUGUCUCAACAGUUGGGAUGAGUAUCAUCCUGGUUGUAGCAGAGGGCGAAGUGUUUGUGAACGAUGCAGAGAUCCAGAAGUCAGCGCUACAAGUGGUGAUCAACUGCGUGUGCGCGCCAGACAAGCGCGUGUCCAGCAUCGGCAAGUUCAUCUCUGGCACGCCACGCAGACGUCUGCCUCAGCAGAGCAAGAGCAGCGAGAGCGUCCUGGCGAAGAUGUGGAACGUGGUACAGUCCAACAAUGGCAUCAAGGUGCUACUGUCGCUGCUCACAGUGAAGAUGCCCAUCACUGAUGCUGACCAGAUCCGUGCGCUAGCCUGCAGGGCGCUGGUGGGACUGUCCCGCAGUGCCUCCGUCCGCCAGAUCAUCAGCAAGCUGCCGCUCUUCAGCAGUGGUCAGAUCCAGCAACUGAUGAAGGAGCCCGUACUCCAGGACAAGCGCAGCGAGCACGUCAAGUUCUGCAAGUUUGCCGCAGAGCUCAUCGAGAGGGUGUCGGGGAAGCCCCUGCUUAUCGGCACAGAUGUGUCACUGGCUCGCCUGCAGCGGGCCAACGUGGUAGCGCAGUCCCGCAUCACCUUCCCGGAGAAGGAGCUCUUGCUGCUCAUCCGCAACCACCUGCUGUCCAAGGGCUUGCAUGACACAGCCAGUGCCCUCACCAAAGAGGCUGACCUCCCAAUGCUCCUCCCACACUCCUCUUCCGCCUUCCCCACUGUGCCCGUGGCCCCUCCUGCAUCUCCUGUGGCCAUGCACCCCCGGACACCACGCCUCACCAAUGGUGUCGCAGCCCGGCUGAGCCUUGCCUCCCACUCCUCGACACCCUCUGCUAGCCACACCCAGUCACGCCCAUCCACUUCCCAGUCACCUGCCUCUCUCCCACCCCCCUCCACCAUGCCCCCGCCUCCCCACAGCAACGGCUCCCCACUGAUAGGCCGCAUUGUGUUCAGUCGGGAGCGUCCUUCCCCCUGCAACAGCAGCAGCAAGAAGCCGCGGGUGUUGCGACAGAAGUCGGACCACGGCGCCUUCAGUCAGAGCCCGGCCAUGAAGAAGCAGCUGGACAGGCAUCUGCCCUCCCCACCAGCACUGGACAGCAUCAUCACAGAGUACCUGCGUGAGCAGCAUGCCCGCUGCAAGAACCCAGUCACCACCUGUCCACCUUUCUCCCUCUUCACCCCCCACCAGUGCCCCGAGCCGAAGCAACGGCGGCAGGCACCGACCAACUUCGCCUCCCGUCACACCCGCAGGGUGGUUUAUCCCAAGUACGGUGGGGUAGAUGGGGGCUGCUUCGACAGGCACCUCAUCUUCAGCAGAUUCCGGCCCAUCUCAGUUUUCAGGGAGGCGGAGGAAGACGAAAGCGGCUUUAUGUGCUGUGCGUUCUCUGCGCGAGAACGCUUCCUCAUGCUGGGCACCUGCACCGGUCAGCUCAAGCUUUACAACAUUUUCACGGGGCAGGAGGAGGCCAGCUACAGCUGCCACAGCUCUGCCAUCACGCACCUGGAGCCGUCGCGGGAUGGCUCUUUGCUGUUAACGUCUGCCUCAUGGAGUUACCCACUCUCUGCCCUCUGGGGUAUGCAGUCAGUGUUUAUCAUGAAACAUUCCUUUUUGGAUGAUCAUUACGUGGAGUUCAGUAAACUUUCUCAGGACAGAGUCAUUGGUACAAAGGAACACAUUGCUCAUAUAUAUGAUAUCCAGACUGGUCAGAAGACCCUGACUCUGAACAAUCCAGACCUGGCGAACAACUACAAGCGGAACUGUGCAACCUUUAACCCAAGCGAUGACUUGGUGUUGAAUGAUGGAGUGUUGUGGGAUGUGCGCUCUGCUCAGGCCAUUCACAAGUUUGAUAAGUUCAACAUGAACAUCAGCGGUGUUUUCCAUCCCAAUGGCCUUGAGGUCAUUAUCAACACUGAAAUCUGGGACCUGCGGACUUUUCACUUACUCCACACAGUUCCUGCCCUGGACCAGUGUAGGAUUGUGUUUAACAACACUGGGACUGUGAUCUAUGGGGCAAUGCUACAAGCUGAUGAUGAGGAAGACAUGAUGGAACAGCAGUUGAAGAGCCCCUUUGGCUCUUCGUUCAGAACGUUUGAUGCCACUGAUUACAAACCAAUUGCGACAAUUGAUGUUAAGAGGAACAUUUUUGACCUCUGCACAGACACCAAAGAUUGUUACUUGGCAGUUAUUGAGAACCAAGACUCCAUCAACAUGGACACGGUGUGCCGACUCUAUGAGGUGGGUCGGCAGAGGUUAGCAGAAGAGGAGGAAGAUGAGGAAGAUCAGGAAGAUGAAGAUCAAGAAGAUGAUGAUGAUGACGACGACGACGACGAUUCUGAUGAUGAUCUGGACGAUGUGGACACUGACCCCCUACUAGCAGAGCUGGAGAAUGAGAAUGCAGGUGAAGAGGAGGAGGAGGAGGAAGAUGGGGAGCAUGAUUUCUCACCGUCUGAUGACGAGGAGGUGGCACGCUUGUUGGAAGAAGACGCGGAGGAAGAGGACGAUGAUGACGACGAUGAUGAUGAUGAUUCUGAUGAAAACGAGGAUGUAGAGCUCAUCCUGGAAAACACAGACAGCUCUGAUAACUCGGACCUGGAGGAUGACAUCAUUCUGUCUUUGAACGAGUGAAGACCGAUAAACAGAGCAAGCAAAACUAGGCAGGGAAUCAGUUCCUGGGUGACACGUCCUGGGGUGAAUGUUAACAAGCGUAGCAGCAAUGCUAAUAAUCUAAAGGCGAAGAAGCAAGAAUGCGACCUGAUGUGAGGGUUCAUGAGGCCGUUUGGGUUGGUCACGUAAACAAGUUUCUGCCGAAAGGGAGUGGUCCUAGUGUAGGACCCAACUGUGAGGCAGGGCAGGUGCUACAGGAGGCCACUCCCUCCAGCAUUUCAGCAGGAGGUAAGGUAAAGGUACUUGACUGAAGAGUGAGUGCAGUAUUUGUAAAAUAGUAUUUCUUAAACAAAUGAAUAGUUUUAUAUGGCUUUAUAAAAGUGUGAAUACCUUAUGUAACCGGAAAAGCAAAUGCCAGUAAUUAUUUUUUUCUUAAUUUAUUUCCAUUUAAAACAAUUGAAAUAUUUUCUUCAUACAAAACAGCCCUGAGUUGGAGAGAAUAUGGUGCUACCCAUUUGUAUGGUGUAAGGGUUACCUAUACAUUGUGUUUGACAGUUUGAUGGUGAGUUAUUUUGAAUUAAGCGCAAUGUUGCAUCUGACAUGGAAAGAUGAAGCCAAGAAGAUGAUCAAAUGUUUCACCAUUGACCCGUCCACAACUGGUCCGCUACUCUGCAUUCUGUGCUCACACUCUUCUUCGUCCUCUGCUCCGACCACGAGAUGUCACACGUUGCUAUACCUAAGCCUUAUACCUAUGUACUGUGGUUCAGUAGACCUGCAGGUAUGCCUUUGCAAAGUGUUAAGGUCUAAUCUUGGAGUGCACCUUAUAGUCUGCCUCAUGUUCCAGCGAAACUCUUCACAGUUCGAAGGUUUUUAAUACGUCAGCACACAUUGGAGAGGAUGGUAUCCCUUGGUUUAGAAGCCUUAAUGAGUUGCUUCUGUGUUUUGAGAUGUUGCUUUCUGAACGUGCAGAAUGUGGAAAAAUUUCAUGUAUUUCACAACAUGCUAGUUGUAUCUAUGGCUCUUCUGUUUAACUUCCAAACACAGCAUGAAUUGUCAGGUAAUUCCUUCUAUCCACAGAACUACUUGUGAGAUUUUUCAGGAGGAGAAAAGUCCGAGUCAACAUCAUGCCUUAAGUCCCUAAUUAAUACUAGCCCUCUAAAUUUAAUUUAAAAGUGAGUUGUAAUAAAAGACAAAGUGUUUGUGUUGGGGGAGGGGGGGUAACACUGGAGGAAUUUUUCUUAGUCACAAAACCACCUGUUUUCCCUGUUUUUAAAUCUAUGACAGUAUUUUUCAUGCGGAUGUCUUGAAUUCUAGCUGCAGCAUUGGGUAUGCUGACUAUGGGGCCCCUGUGGUUCUUCAUGAAGGUGACAGGUAUUCACUGUCUAUGCCAUUGGGGAUUUCGCCAUACUAAAAAUGGAACAAACAAAAAUGCAGCACUGAAAAUAGUUCCCAGUCAUUCGAAUAUGGACAAGGCCAUGAUGUAGAAUAAUAUUGGUGCAUAUUUUUUUGUUUUUUCCCUAAUUUGUUUUCAAGAGAGUAUGUUUUCGUUUGUGUGCUUUUAAUUUCAGCAAUUAAACAUCUUUAAUGUCCAGACUUUUGAUCCAUGUAUGAAAAGUAUUUUUAUUGUGAUAAAGGGACUUGAAAAUAUUUCCUGCCUUUUUUCUCCCCCCCCUUUCUCCCUUCUGUGUGCAGAUGGAUGGUGGAGCUGUUUGCAUGUUGCCAGAUAACCACUGAACAGGGAGAACUGAACUGUAAUGCCACCCGUGUCCGCCCCCCCCCCAUGAUGCUUUUGCUUUAUCCAAAAAAGUAUUGCAUGCAUAUUCUUUGCUUCCAGCUUGGUUAAGACAAGCAAAAACAGGUUGUGAUUAUAGGAGUAUAUCAUUUUCCUUUUAUCACCGUUAUCACAAAUGUACUGGUACAGCAUUUUUGUUUUGCAUACCUACUCAGAUGGGUAAGGGAAAUGUAGCUCUUCCAAGAGAGUUAAUGUCAAUUAGCAGAGUUUUAGAUUUUC